AUUGGUUCUGUAUGCACACUUACUCUUCUUGCAAGUGUGGGAUCUCACUUUUCGCCAACAUACGCUGCACUAACAACUGCUACAGCAGCUACUAUUAUUGGUCCGGCUUUGGUUAUCAUUUUUGCAUUCAACCUACACACUAUCACUACUAACAUCGAUUGGAUACUUUGGGAAUCUCUGUAUGCGGGCGCUUUCGGAUUUCUCUUCGCGAUUAACAGCAUAACAAUGACGUACAGCAGCCUCCGAUGGGAAUACACAGCGUGGUAUCUGGGUACGAUAACAUGCUUUGUCGUGGCUAUUGCUUUCCUGAUUGAUUUGGCACUUCUGGUGCGGCUACAAGUCAAGAACCCAAACGCCCGUCACAGUCAAGAUCUAGCUCAAACUCAUCCAUCAGAGUUUAGUCCAGGAAAAGAGCAGAUGUAUAAAAUAGGAGCACUAUAUGGAUAA